AUGAGGACUGUGGGAGAGUUGGGGUGGGGUGGGGUCAGACGGCCCCCGAAGUUCAGAGGGCUCCUGGCGGGUGAGCCAGCCCCUCUCGGGUUCUUUGUGCCUCUCCAGCUCGGCAGUGCAGCGGGCAAGGCAGGUGCCGUGGCCCUGACCGAAGGGGUGGGUGAUGAGGUGACCAUCCUUUUCGCGGUGCGUGCCUGCCUUCCGGUGCUGGCUCUCGCCUGUGCCUCAACACACACUGCCGAGGGCGCUGACCCGCUGCCCCAGCCGUCAGGGACCCCGACACCGACACAGCCCAGAGGAGCCAUGGCAGUCACCAACAGCAUCGGAGGGGAGGCCCCAGGAGCCGAGACCCCCAGCCUGAGAUGCAGAGGUCAGGCUGCACAGCCAGAGCCUGGCGUGGGGCUCCCAGCAACGCCGCCGCCUCCAGAGCCUCCCCAGGAGCCCCUAGUACUUCGGCUGAAAUUCCUCAACGAUUCAGAGCAGGUGGCCAGGGCCUGGCCCCAUGACACCAUCGGCUCCCUGAAAAGGACCCAAUUUCCUGGCCGGGAACAGCAUGUGCGACUCAUCUACGAAGGGCAGCUGUUAGAAGACGACACCCAGACCCUGGGCAGCCUUCACCUCCCUCCUAACUGCAUUCUCCAUUGCCACGUGCUCACUCGGGAGGGUCCCCCACACCCACCCUGCCCACCGGGGUCAGAGCCAGUGCCCUCUGGGCUGGCCGCAGGUGGCCAGCUGCUGCUGCUCUGGGACUGCCAGAUCCAGUACCGGCCCUUCUUUCCCCAGACCGCCACUCUGGGUCUGGCCGGCUUCACCCUGCUCAGUCUUCUGGCCUUUGCCGUGUUCCGCCCGUAG